AGCCUGGCCUUGUGCCCCAGGGUCAGUAGUGCGCCUGGGAGAGACUUGGGUGGAGGCGCUGCGGCGAGGCCGUAGAAGGAGCGGGAAGGAAGGAAGGAGCGGGCGUCCUGAGGAGAGGACAUCGGAGGAUCCUGGGAGGCAGGAGAGGAAGAUGCCAACUUCCGACCUUCUCACACUGAAGGCCUUUGAGCCUUACUUGGAGAUUUUGGAAGCAUACUCCACAAAAGCCAAGAAUUACGUGAAUGGGUAUUGCACCAAAUAUGAGCCCUGGCAGCUGAUUGCAUGGAGUGUCUUGUGUACUCUGCUGAUAGUCUGGGUGUACGAACUUAUCUUCCAGCCAGAGAGUUUAUGGUCAAGGUUUAAAAAGAAGUUAUUUAAGCUCAUAAGGAAGAUGCCAUUUAUUGGACGCAUGAUCCAAGACAAGUUGAACCAGACCAAGAAGGAUGUGAUCAAGAAUAUGCCAUUCCUGAAAAUAGACAAAGAGUAUGUGAAAACUCUGCCUGCCCAGGGUCUGAGUACAGCUGCAGUUCUGGAGAGGCUGAAGGAGUACAGCUCCAUGGAUGUUUUCUGGCAAGAAGGAAAAGCCUCAGGGGCUGUGUACAAUGGGGAACAGAAGCUCACAGAGCUGCUGGUGCAGGCUUAUGGCGAUUUUGCAUGGAGCAAUCCGCUGCAUCCAGAUAUCUUCCCUGGACUACGGAAGUUAGAGGCAGAAAUUGUAAGGAUGACUUGUUCUCUCUUCAAUGGGGGACCAGAUUCCUGUGGAUGUGUGACUUCUGGGGGGACAGAAAGCAUCCUGAUGGCCUGUAAAGCUUAUCGGGAUAUGGCUUUAGAGAAGGGGAUCAAAACUCCAGAAAUUGUGGCUCCCGAGAGUGCCCAUGCCGCAUUUGACAAAGCAGCCCAUUAUUUUGGAAUGAAGAUUGUGCGUGUUGCACAGAACAAGAACAUGGAAGUGAAUGUUCGGGCGAUGAAAAGAGCUAUUUCCAGGAACACAGCCAUGCUGGUCUGUUCUGCCCCACAGUUUCCUCAUGGUGUGAUAGAUCCUAUCCCUGAAGUGGCCAAGCUGGCUGUCAAAUAUAAAAUCCCUCUUCAUGUGGAUGCUUGUUUGGGGGGCUUCCUUAUUGUCUUCAUGGAGAAAGCAGGAUAUCCACUGGAGAAACCAUUUGAUUUCCGGGUGAAAGGUGUGACGAGCAUUUCAGCUGAUACCCAUAAGUAUGGCUAUGCCCCAAAAGGCUCAUCAGUGGUGUUGUACUGUGACCAGAAAUACAGGCGCUACCAGUUCUUCAUAGGCACAGAUUGGCAGGGUGGUAUCUACGCAUCUCCAAGCAUGGCAGGCUCACGGCCUGGUGGCAUCAUUGCGGCCUGUUGGGCCACCUUGAUGCACUUUGGUGAGAACGGCUAUGUUGAAGCUACCAAACAGAUCAUCAAAACUGCUCGCUUCCUCAAGUCAGAACUGGAAAGCAUCAAAGGCAUCUUCAUUUUUGGGGAUCCUCAGUUGUCAGUUAUUGCUCUGGGCUCCCAUGAUUUUGAUAUCUACCGACUCUCUAACAUGAUGGCUGCUAAGGGGUGGAAUUUUAACUGUUUGCAGUUCCCACGAAGUGUGCAUUUCUGCAUCACAUUGGUACAUACCCGGAAGCGAGUAGCAAUCCAAUUCUUAAAGGACAUCCGGGAAUCAGUCACACAAAUCAUGAAGAAUUCUAAAGCCAAGACCACAGGAAUGGGUGCCAUCUAUGGCAUGGCCCAGACAACCAUUGACAGGAGUAUGGUUGCAGAAAUAUCCUCGGUCUUCUUGGAUAGCCUGUAUAGUACGGAUACUGUGACUCAGGGCAGCCAGAUGAAUGGUUCUCCAAAGCCCCGCUGAGCGUGGACCCUUGCUAGUUCCAUGGACUUCCAGCCUUCAGAUCUCGGUAUUUGGAACUGGCCGUGCACGAUUGACAUCUGGACCUGCUCCACAGAGCACAAUAUGAUAGACCAUAAGAUAGCUUCAGCCUCAGGACUCCUGUUCCUCCUUUUGUGGCUUUUAAUUUGAAGUCCCCUGAAGGAUAAUGAAUUGCCCUGGUUAUGAAUGUCACCCUAAGAAUUGUUUUAACCAUGUUCUUCUCUAACUUCUUUAGCACUCAUCUUCACUUAAUCAUUGUGUGGCAAGCUCUGAUUGAUCCUGAUUUCUGAGGGGGAAGUGUGAGAUAGCAAGAGGGGUUCUCUGCUACCUUAGGUGGAUGCUGCCAGACGGGAGGCAUUUAUGAAUUGUGUUCCCCAGAUGGGUAUUAUGUGUAUCCCAAGCAAGAGGCCAUUUCAGCCUGUACUUCAGGGGGUGUUGUUUAUCUCUCAGAAUCACUUUCAUUGCAGCUUGUUUUAUUUUUCAGGACACAGGUUGACCAGAUCAUUGUCCCCUUUUUUGCAUAACUGGAGCAUAUCCUCUUGGCAGGGUUUGGAGUGCUCCCUGUCUUGGGUGCUUAACUGUGGUUGCCACUGUCUUUGGAGAUGCCCGUUUGCAGUGGCUCCCACUGAUUUCUUCCUGUUUCUGAAGAGCAGGAAGAGAAUGUGUUCCAGAGAAUUUAGGACUUUGUGGCAGUGGUGCUGCCUCUCUGAAGUGGCAGUCAUCAGCUCAGACCUAAGCCCUCUCCUGGAGCAGAUGAGUAGAAACCAAACCCUUUUUCCAUACCUUCUUGAAUAGCAGCAUAGAUGAAAACCCAUAUGCACAUAUGGGUGGUGGUCCUCCCCUUCCCAUUGCCUUAAGCCAUCAUGUAAUGAGAAUAUAUUUGCCUGAUGGAAAUGCUCCACAAGUGUCCUUGACUUGCCCUCAGUGGAUGUGAAGAGGUGCAGGACACUUUCCCAUCAAUGUGUUCUUCCUGCCUCUUCCCCUUUUUUCAGCUUCCAAAGGUACGAUGACAUUUUAGCUUUAGGUACUGGAUGUUCCUCAGCCCUGGCUUUAAGGGAACAGCAUAGGAUAAGAGAGGUAUUUUAGAGUAAGAAGUCCUGGCCACAGCCAUUACACCUGGGGCCUGGGAUUCCUUUGGAAAAUUAGUUGCUCAGGGUAGUGCAGGGACAAGACCAAACCCUCUGUCCACUUCCUGUUUGCUUCUCCCUUUUGGGAGUUCCAGAUCUAGGCUGAGCUAUGGUCCUACUCUGAUGAUAUACCAUGUGCCUUUCUCUGCAACAGUGUAUAGUGUGCAUAUUCCUGACCGAGGCCCCAGUGGAAGUGGACCAGUCUUUGAGGUGUCUCUGUUUAUAGGAAAGAACUUGGGACAACAGGCUGUGUUCCCUUCCCUUCUCAGGGACUCCUGAGUAUACAGCCCCUUGCGCUACUAUUCUCCAGCCGUGCUCAUUGGGAAUGCUGGCUGGGAGAGCCAAACUACUGGGCUUUCCUCACUAUCCCCGGAAAGUGUUCUUUAACACUCUCUUGACCCUGUAACUGACUAGCUGGCCCAUGUCAUUGCAGGGCAGAUAUGGGGAAUGUGUGUUCACUUCCUGUUUGCUCUGUAGUAUGUUGUGGGGCUCAGGGGUACUUGGUGGUGGUGUAUGUCACAGAGAGGUAGAGUUCUUGAGCUCAUGCACUUCAGAGGCUGACCUGACCAGCACCUCUUUAAGAGUAGUUGUUCAGUGUCGUCUCUGGUUCUCCAGUGCAUCACAUUGAGGAGGCCCAGGGACCCAGAGCCACUUAACAGACACCACUGUGACAGCAGUGGCUAAAAUGGAGAAGCUGAUCCUCUAUAGUCUCCUCAGGACCAGACUCCUGAGCCACUCCCUUCCUUUGUGCUGUGACAGCACUGGUGCCAGGGGUGAUGGUGUUUUUCAAAGGGACCUACUGUAGCCACUUUAAUUUAUAACUAGGAACCUUAGUGUGACUUAACAUUUUAUAGGCUUUCAUUUUGUGUGUGUUUGCCUGUGUGCAUGUUGUACCUAGCCUGUGGCAGGAGUGGGUAGGUUGUCCUCAUGGUAUCAUGUGACUAGCAGGUACCACAUUGGCUUCUGCGAACACUGCACUGUCUUAUCUCUGCAUUAGAAGUAGGGUAGUCCUGUGAAUAUACUGCCAUAUCACUUUUAAUAUUACCAGUUUUAUACUUGGAAAAUGGUACUUGCCUCUCUUUAAUCUGUUUUGUCUUCUAACUUCUCUGCUGUCUCCAUGUCCCCAUCCUAACUGCAAUAAGUUUUCAAAAGCAAUUGGAUAAUUAAAUGUCCCAAACUGUAAUCACUGGAUGGUUGCAUUCAUUUGUUUACUUGGUACACAGAGAUCACAAAUACAGUCAGAGCAGUGUCUGAAUGUGUGACUGGUGAGCAAUUGCCUCCAUUGGUGAAGUUGUGUGUGACCCUGACACAACACCAGCAGUAGUAUCCCUCAUUCCCAGGCACUUAAGCAGGUAUCUCUCUGCACUAGGAGCUAUGACCAGUUCUUUUCAGGGGUGGGGUCUUGAGUCCUGGUCCUUAGUUUGUAGAGCCUGGGCCCUGACCACCUCCUCAUCCUCUUCUGCCUGAACAUACUGAAGGAUUGAGUUACCUAGGUGAUUGCUCUCCAAGUGGAUGUGUGACU